UACGGCCUUUUCCCUCCAGCCCCGGCCCGGCCCUCCGCAGCGGAGUGCAGUCACGUGAGCCGGGCUGCGGCGCCCCGCUCCGCACCGUCAUGGUGGACCCGAUGUACGGAGCCCCGGGCGGCCGCCUGGCCAGGGCGCUGACGCGGGCGCUGGCGCUGGCCCUGGUGCUGGCCCUGCUGGUCGGGCUGUUCCUGAGCGGCCUGACCGGCGCAAUCCCGACCCCGAGGGGUCACCGGGGACCGGGGAGGCCGGUCCCACCCGCCUCCCGCUGCCGUUCGGUGCUCCUGGACCCUGAGACGGGCCAGCUGCGCCUGGUAGAUGGCCGCCACCCUGACGCCGUGGCCUGGGCCAACCUUACCAACGCCAUCCGCGAGACCGGGUGGGCCUUUCUGGAGCUGCACACAAAUGGCCAAUACAACGAUAGCCUGCAGGCCUACGCAGCGGGCGUGGUGGAGGCCGCUGUGUCCGAGGAGCUCAUCUAUAUGCACUGGAUGAACACGGUGGUGAAUUACUGCGGCCCCUUCGAGUACGAAGUCAGUUACUGCGAGAGGCUCAAGAAAUUCCUGGAGGCCAACCUGGAGUGGAUGCAGAAGGAGAUGGAGUUGAACAAUGGCUCUGCUUACUGGCACCAGGUGCGGCUGACCCUCCUGCAGCUGAAAGGCCUAGAGGACAGCUAUGAAGGCAGUGUGACCUUUCCAACUGGGAAGUUCACCAUCAAACCCUUGGGGUUCCUCCUGUUGCAGAUCUCUGGGGACCUCGAAGACUUAGAGCUGGCCCUGAAUAAGACCAAGACCAAGCAUGCUAUGGGCUCUGGCUCCUGCUCCGCCCUCAUCAAGCUGCUGCCUGGCCAGAGUGACCUCCUGGUCGCACACAACACCUGGCACUCCUACCAGUACAUGCUGCGCAUCAUGAAAAAGUACUGGUUCCAGUUCAGAGAAGGGCCCCAAGAGCAAUCUACCCGGGCUCCCGGCAACAGGGUGACCUUCUCAUCCUACCCUGGUACCAUUUUCUCCUGUGAUGACUUCUACAUCCUGGGCAGCGGGCUGGUGGCCCUGGAGACCACCAUCGGCAACCGGAACUCGGCCCUGUGGAAGUACGUGCAGCCCGAGGGCUGUGUGCUGGAGUGGAUGCGAAAUGUUGUGGCCAAUCGCCUGGCCUUGGACGGGGACUCCUGGGCUGACAUCUUCAAGAGGUUCAACAGUGGCACGUACAACAACCAGUGGAUGAUCGUGGACUACAAGGCGUUUGUCCCCGGCGGGCCCAGCCCUGGGAGGAGGGUGCUCACCAUUCUGGAGCAGCUCCCGGGCAUGGUGGUGGUGGCCGACAGGACCUCGGAACUCUAUCAGAAGACCUACUGGGCCAGCUACAAUAUCCCCAGGUCCUUUGAGUCUGUGUUCAACACCAGUGGGUUGCCGGCCCUGGUGGCCCACUUUGGGGACUGGUUCUCCUACGACGGGAGCCCCCGGGCCCAGAUCUUCCGGCGGAACCAGUCGCUGGUACACGACCUGAACUCCAUGAUCCGGCUUAUGAGGUACAACGACUUCCUGCAUGACCCCCUGUCAUUGUGCAAAGCUUGCAACCCCAAGCCCAACGGGGAGAAUGCCAUCUCGGCCCGCUCUGACCUCAACCCAGCCAAUGGCUCCUACCCCUUCCAGGCCCUGCACCAGCGCUCCCACGGGGGCAUCGACGUGAAGGUGACCAGCACGGCACUGGCCAAGGCCUUGCGUCUCCUGGCGGCCAGCGGCCCCACGUGGGACCAGCUGCCCCCGUUCCAGUGGAGCACCUCGCCCUUCAGCAGCCUGCUGCACAUGGGCCAGCCCGAUCUCUGGAAGUUCUCACCCAUCGAGGUCUGGUGGGACUGAGGCUCCAUCUCUGCUCUGCUGCCUUCUGCCCCUGCUGACCCCAGCGGGGCCACCCGACUGGCUGCCACCCUGCCCUCCUGGCUGUCCCCCCGCCCCGGUCCCCCUUGUGAGCGUUGACCCCCCGCUGUGCCCAGGUUGGGGACCUGGGUCGGCCAGGUUCACUCUCAUCUGGGUGGCCUCCUGUGUGGGGAACGGAACCCAAUGGGACCCAGGACUGACUCUGUUCCCCUAAGUGGGUGAUGCCAUCCCCGUCUCCCUCUGCCUCUCGUCUCCCUCUGCCUCUCUGCGUCUCUCUCUCUCCCUGCUUUUCUCUCUCUUCCAGCCUUGGGCCCCCUCCUCGUGCCGCCCCUUCCUGAGGGCGGGAGCCGGAUCCUGGGACCAGGUUCCAGGGCCCCUAGUGGGGCCGGCAGGAGAGGCCUGUUCCAGUGCCUGCUUCCCAGUGCUGUUCCUGCCGGCGGCUCUGGAGCUUCAGCCCCCGAGACCCGGGCCUUGCCUCCGGUUGGCAUCUCUCCUCCCAACCCCCGACCCCAGCCCCACUCUGCUCCAUCGGGAAGUAGCUCCCCUGUUUCUCCUCCUGGACAGCCUCCUUGAGGACAGAAACUUGAAACCAAACAAGAACCAAAGUUUCUGGCCACUUGUGGCUGGAAGGGCCCGAGUGUCCUUCUCUCUCCGGGGGCAGGCAGGAGUGUCAGCCCCCUGCUCCAGCCUUGGCCCGUGCCCCCCCAAACCCAGGCCUGCCCCUGGCCUCAGGGCAGUGCCCACAGGUCCCCUGCUACAGAAACCAAAUCGCAGGCUGUGCCGCCAUUAAAAAGAGAGGCCAUGGCC